CACAUCAUUCCAAGUGGUAACUAUCAAAGCAUCAAAAUCUGAGCCUGACUUGCCUGGCUUGUGCUAGUCUCAACAAGACGACAACCAAUAAAGCAUCAAAGCGCUCCCACAUCUUCCUCAUCUUUUAACAAUCAUGGACUUGGACAUGAACAAACUACAAGACAUUUUCAUUUCUGUAAUGGAGAAGAACGUGUAUGGAUUGUGUUUCACUAGUUCAAUCGUUAUCCUAACCUGCUUUUAUGUGUGCAUUCAUGUUCUCUCACUUCCUAUCUGUUAUAAUAGUAGUAGUAAGCAAUAGAAGGAAAUGGCUUCAGAAACAAUCAUGAUAAGUGUUGUGUGCCAAAUGCAUAGUGGAAUCAUAGAGAGAAUAGUACCAUGCAGUGGAUAUGUUCAAGGUAGAUAUAAAUGUAAAGCGCAAGGCAAGAAGCUAGAACUCAACUGGUCUCUCCCAUGUUGGUCUAUUGCAUCAAGGAUCAAUCAUCGGAUUUCGGCGUUCAAGGCGACUACAAUAGAACCCGAGGCAUCGAGAAGCAGUCCUGACAACGAUGAAAGGCUGAUAAAGAACUAUGUGCCAGUUUAUGUGAUGCUUCCAUUGGGAGUUAUUACAACUGAUAAUGAACUGGAAGACAGAGAUGGGAUAACGAAACAACUCGAACAACUACAAGAAGCAGGCGUGGAUGGCGUAAUGAUUGAUGUUUGGUGGGGGAUUGUAGAAUCCAAAGGGCCAAAUCAGUAUGAUUGGACUGCAUAUAGAAGCUUGUUUAAGAUAAUUCAAGGAUGUGGUCUGAAACUUCAGACUAUAAUGUCUUUCCACCAAUGUGGAGGGAAUGUGGGAGAUUCUGUCAAUAUUCCACUUCCCAGCUGGAUUCUCAAAGUUGGAGAUUCAAAUCCUCACAUCUUUUACACAAACCGCUCGGGAACCAGGAACCAGGAGUACCUCACUCUCGGAGUCGAUAACCAGCCUCUCUUUCAUGGGCGAACUGCUGUGGAGAUAUACAGGGAUUACAUGAAGAGCUUUAGAGAAAACAUGUUGGAUUAUUUAGAAGAUGGUCUUAUAGUAGACAUUGAAGUGGGGCUUGGCCCCGCAGGGGAGUUGAGGUAUCCUUCAUAUGUAGAAAAUCAGGGAUGGGUAUUUCCUGGUAUUGGAGAAUUCCAGUGCUAUGACAAAUAUCUCAAAAUGGAAUUCAAAGAGGCUGCAGCAACUGCAGGACACCCUGAAUGGGAACUUCCAGAUAAUGCAGGAACUUACAAUGACAUCCCUGAAUCUACAGAGUUCUUCAGAUCAAAUGGCACUUACCAAUCUGAUAAGGGAAAGUUCUUCUUGACAUGGUAUUCCAACAAGUUAUUGAGCCAUGGUGAUCAGAUACUUGAAGAAGCAAACCGGAUUUUCGUUGGUUGUAAAGUUAAAUUAGCAGCCAAAGUAGCUGGGAUCCACUGGUGGUAUCAUACAGAAAACCACGCAGCAGAGCUAACAUCAGGAUAUUACAACUUGAAAACUAGAGAUGGAUAUCGACCUAUAGCAAGAAUGCUAUCAAGGCACCAUGCAAUUUUGAAUUUUACAUGUCUAGAGAUGAGGAAUUAUGAGCAUAUAUCAAAAGCUAGAAGUGGACCUGAGGAACUAGUUCAGCAGGUUCUAAGUGGAGGUUGGAGAGAAGGCAUUGUAGUAGCAGGAGAGAAUGCACUACCAAGGUAUGACCACGCAGCUUACAAUCAAAUUCUUUUGAAUGCUAGACCAAAUGGAAUCAACAAAGAGGGUCAACCGAAGCAUAAGAUGUUUGGAGUGACAUACCUUCGACUUUGUGACAAACUCCUGCAGAAAAGAAAUUUCAAUAUAUUCAAGAGCUUUGUGAUGAAAAUGCAUGCUGAUCAGGGUUACUGCCCCAACCCAAAGGACUAUAACUGCGCUGUUGUCCCACUAAAACAGUCGAGAGAAAAAAUUUCGAUGGAAGCACUUUUAGAAGCAAAGGAUCCAUUGGAGGCAUUCCCAUGGGAUAAGGAAACUGAUACUCCAAUCGGUGGUCCUUUGGUGGAUGUCUUUAAUAGAAUACUAUACAUAUUUAAGUGAAAUAAGAACCAAACAGAAGUGACCGUGGGGAUGCACCAAACUUUACUGGAGA